AUGGCCGCCCCCAUGUCGCUCACGCGCCCGAUGCUGCGCUCCCCAGUCUUGAGACAGCUCACUGCCCGCCGUCUCCAGAGCACCGCCGCCGAAAAGGCCGCCGCUGCCGCCAAGGACACCGCCAACAAGGCUGCCCAGGGUCUAUCGCGUGUCACCAGCGCCGCUGGCCCUGCCAUCGCCGGCGCCGCCAAGUCAAUCGGCCGUCUGGGUGGCCCAGCCGGCCAGGCCAUUGGCUUCCUCGAGCGUCAGACUCCCCUCGUCGUCUACUACAGCAAGGUCGCCCUCGAGUUGGGCAAGUACGUCGCCCAGAACCAGAAGAUGGCCAUCCCCUCCGCCGCUACCUUCCAGACCUUCUACCAGGGCCUCUGGCAAUCCAUUGCCAGCGGCAGCAUCCUCCGAUCCCCCCAGAGCCUCAUCAACUCCGUACGAAAUCUCAGCGUGGCCCAGCUUGCCACCGGCGGUGUCAUCUUCGCCGAGACCCUCGGCUUCUUCACCGUUGGUGAGAUCAUUGGCCGCUUCAAGCUCGUUGGAUACCACGGUGAGGUUGGCUCGCACCACUAA